AUGACGGAUUCUCCGGAACCUGCGAGUAUCUCCAUCUCUCAAGCGCCCAUGGACGAUCAAACGAUUGAUACCAGAUGGCGCGCCAAAAACCCAAACUUAGAGACACCUCAUUCCGGCACAGUUACAUCUGACAAGUCCCAACCUCAAUAUCGAGAUUUGCGUCGACGGUCCUCAAAUUUUCAUCCUAAACGACUGCUUCGUUCCCUAUCUAAUGCGUUCAUUUCACAGCCUAGUACUAACGGACGGUCAAACGGCUACCAUCUUGAAAGGCGGAGGCGUUAUGGUGUGUGGCACCCAGUUCACUAUUUGGUUUCUUCAGCUCAAUCAAAGCUGAAACAACAUCCACGUCCGCAUAGUUGUGCUAGCCAUCAAAAUCCAACGCAACCGGUAACAGGAGGGUACCAUGGCAGAUUCUUCAUUGGACAUCCAAAUGGUUGCAGUGCGAAAAUCGUGGAUUCAGCUGAAGAGUCAUCAACGAUGCAGAACGGUUCGAAUAAAACUCGUCAGACGUUCGUGGAAACUCGAGAAAGCGACUCAGAUUCAUUGAAUCAAAAUGACUCGUGGCCAAGCAAACUGGGUAGUGAUGAAAGAUCGGUCACAUUCAUGAACAGUGACCUUAUCCGGUGUCUGUGUAUUCUACCACCGGAUGAACCGGUAAUUGUACGUAUCAACGUAAGCGGUGUCCAAUUCCAUGUGCUGAGUACUACACUCCAACGAGACCCAUAUGUUUAUAGCAAGUUUAUGGAAGAUGCAAUCUGGUUACCGGAUCAAAGAGAAUAUUUUGUUGAACGAGAUCCCGAAGUGUUCCGUUUUAUUCACAACUACCUACGACAUGGAGAAGUGCAUUUGCCCUGUGGAAUAUGUGGCCCCUUGUUGGAGAAGGAAUUGGAUGAUUGGGGUCUCCCACUUGGACUGGAUAUCCAGCGCUGCUGUCUUGGUCCGGUGAUGAAUACCAAAUUUAAGUUGGAAUCACUGCAACAGUUUGAGAACAAAUUGCAAGCGAAAUACGUAAAACCAAAUAUUUGGAUCAAGCACGCUUCAAUUAUUGCGUCUGAACAGGCUAAUGUAUUGACGCUUCGGCGAUGUGAUUCGCUUGUCCGAUGCAUCGAACGACGUCCCAGUACUUUUAUGGUCGGUCAAUUGACACGCCUGUCAGGCCUACCCAGUCAGGUGGCUCUGCGCGCGCCUGAAAUCUUCUUGACGGCUUUCGAUUAG